AUGUCGUCAGCAUCAGUAGAGGACCUCCUGCUGAGGUAUGAGGGGCACAUCGUCCCUCGUUCCUUCAACGCCGGCUUCAUCACCCUUAGCUAUGUCGUCAGUCUUAUCGGUGCCGCCUGUACUCUCGAGCUCCUCAACCGCCGGACAUCUCACAAGGGCAAAUUCAACCACCUACUCCUCGUCAGUUCUGCAGUAGCCAUGGGUGGCAUUGCCAUUUGGUGCAUGCACUUUAUCGGGAACCGAGCUCUCGACCUGGGAAAUGGUGAGCCCGAGCUGCAGAUUGCCUAUUCGAGUGGCUUCACUGCUCUCUCUUUCUUCGUUCCCAUUGCUGUGCUUCUUGCCGCCUUCUUCGCCAUUGGCACGAACAAUGUUGUUUCAUGGUGGCGAGUCUCUGUUGGAGGCAUCCUAGCCGGUGCUGCCAUCUGCGGUAUGCACUACCUUGGCAACAAUUCCAUCGACAACUAUGUCUGCAUGUACAACCCUCUCAACGUUGUCGGCUCAGCCCUCAUCGCCGUGGCCGCCAGCAUGCUAUCUCUCGCCCUGUUCUUCGUUUUCCGCGCGGCAUGGACAAAUACGUGGUGGAAGCGCGCUGUAUGCGCCGUUGUACUCGCCGGAGCCGUGUCCGGCAUGCACUGGUGUGCGGCGACGGGUACCGAGUAUCAACUCGUUUCCCUGAGCCCAGGGAACAACGAGUUGUCGAGGAACACGACUGUCAUUGUCGUCAUCGUCUUGUCCUUCUGCGCUUGCUCUAUCAUGGCUGGUGUCGCCAUCUACACCGCUCGCGUGAUGCGUCGUUACGCCAACAAGGCCCAGCAGGUCGUCCUGGCUGCCGCUGUUUUUGAUCCCCAGGGCCGCAUCCUGGUUAACCCCGACGGCCUACUGCCUAGCGAGAAGAUCACCGACACGUUUCUUGAGAAGAACGCUAGCGACACGUUCGGGAUCGCCCAUCCUUUGUUCCACUGGAUGUUUCGCGCGUCCAGGAACUGGUCAAGCGUCGCCACGCUUGUCAGCGGUAUGGCGAACCAUCUGACGCACCAGCCACGUGCCACCCGAGACCGUGACUCGCGUGUCGCCAUUGAGCUUGUUGAUGAACAGGGUGACAUGGUCGCCAACUACGACGUCAUCCUCCGCGAGCUCUUUUGCGUCGCCGCCCAGGGUCUUGCCGACAAGAUGAAGGAACAGCUCACGUCGGUCGGCAUUCUCUGGGACGAGAUUCUUCCUACGGGCGGCGGCAACGAGCGCCCGCAGAAGAGCAGCCACGGCGAGACAUCUGAGGACCUCGCCGAGAAGGGCAUCCAGCAGCGCAGGAACAACCAGUUCGGCCGUGGUUCCCUCAUGUUUCUCGUCCGCCAGGUGCAGACGGACAGGGAUGUCGCGAGACUCGAGGCUGCCGGCUACCGGUUCGCUGAGCUGCGACAGGUCAGUGGUAUCAUCGGCUCAAGCAUGCAGAUCAAGUGCUGGGACUUUGAGUCGAGGCUGCGAAGCAUGGCUGGCUAUGCCCAGGACGAGAGUCAACUGGAACCUGGCGUGCACCUCGGCUUCUUUGGCAUCCGCGCCCGUGUCGGCAGCUAUGGUUUCGACGUGCUCGUCCGCCAGGGUGCCCGCAAUCUUCUCCCCAGCGUCCAGAUGCCCCUGAGCCGCCUCGAGACAUGGCAGGAAGAUCUCCUCCAGGAACUUGAUGGCAUGACCGUUGUCAACAGUGCCAAGAGGCUCGAGUCUCUCAAGACAAUGUCGCCACGCGAGAUGCUCUUUGCCUCGCAGCUCUUUGACGGACUCGAGUCGCUCCGCGCGUGGAUUGACGACCCAGUCUUUGACGAGGCCCUCCUGUCACCACAGAUCGUGACGUUGCCUGCCCGUGGCCAAGACGCCGAGCACAGCGCGAGGCAGCACCCGACAACCAUGAUCGCCUUCCGUCUUGUCAUCCCAAUCCACGUCAAGGUGUCCAACGUUCGGUGUGAGUUUGUGCCACUCAACUUCUUCAAAAUCCACCAGCUCGUCGACCAUGACGGCAUGCACCAGCUGGCUUUCGCUCAGGCCGUGCACCGCGAAUUUGCCCCUAUCGCGCAGUCCGUUCCCCUCGAGAGGCCAGCGGCCAUCCUACAGAACAGACAGCGCAAGUCAUUUGCCUCGUCGCCGCGCGCUUCCCGUUUCCGCCGCCUUGGCCGCUCUGGUUCAUCGUAUGCCGUAGACGGUGACGGCAACCCCAUUCCUACGGCCAUCGGCCGUUCAUCGUCGCCAACACACUCCAACGAAACAGGCUCCACUCUCAAGCUGUGGCCUGGCCGCCGUAACAGCGACAACAACUCAGCCGGCAGUUCCUACGACGCGCCACCACCCGCUUAUGCAUCGCCCGACAACACGCCACAUGCCACAACUUUUGGCGGCAUCAUGGUCUCGGAAGAAAUCCGCGUCGAAAUCCAUGAGGCAGGCGAACUGAGCCCCCUCCCCGGCCAGACGCAGCGCCGCACGCGCCGGUUGCCGCGCCUUCUGGGUCGCAGCGGAAAUAGAAGCCAGCAGCGAUAUGAUAGCGAGUCGGGUGCUACACAGAGGGCCACUAUGGUGACAUCUGGUGGCGGCGGCGGCGGCGUUGGCGCUGGCAUUGACGACAGCCGUCACGGUGUACCCAACGAUGGCACCAUCGAGAUGAAGACGCUGUCCGAGGUGCGCAGCAACGUUCACACGGGGGCUGGCUUGCAGAUAUCCAAUAUUGAGGUCGAGCAGGCAAGCGAGGGGCCGACCUUCGUGGACGAGCUGUUCACCAUCUGCAUCGACGGCCGCUGA